GGCGGUCAAGAGGGUCGCUUAGUACUUGGGGAAGCUACAUCGUGCCCACAACCUCAGAAUUUUUCCUCAACAGCUUGCAGUGAGGAAUCUCAUCUUGGCUGGUUUCUUUGCGACCUCAGAGAGGCAAGAUUCUCACCAUGUCGAAGCCCGUCAGUACCAACGGGAGCGAGUCGGAGUUUGAGUUCGUGGAGACCCCAAAGGCAGCCUCGCCAACUUUUGCGAAGCCUGAGGACUGCGGUGUGAGAACGACAUCUUAUGCAUCCAUCAAGAAUGCCCCUCUGCCUGCCGACUCGGCUAGCAACGAUCACUUCUCCGUCCUCGGCCUCUUGGGUUUAAUCUGUGGUGUGCCACUAUGGAUGUCCUGGAAAGUCGGAGGCGGUUUGAAGACGGCCAUCUUCUUCGGCCUCUUCACCAGCAUUCCCAUCCUCGCUGCCUUCUGGAUUGUGGUCUCGGCCAUGUCGCCUCGAAAGAAUGAAAAAGCCAAAUACCCUGGCCGUCCCGUCGAGCACUACCUUACGUUCAAGAAGGAAUCCGACCGUGCUAAAUACCAUGGCAAGAACAAGAUCCCUCUAGAGACCUUCUACGAGAUGUACUUUGACGGCGACGUCGAAUUCAACGGCGACUGUCUUGAGGUCCUGGAAUACCGGCACGACUGGGCCAAUUUCCGCUUCACCUGGGGCCUUUGCAGCUACUUCCUAUUUAGCAUGAUCCCAGAGGUCAUCAUGCACUCGCGCUCUCAAGACGAGGAACAAGUCCGUGACCAUUACGACCGUGGCGAUGACUUUUACAGCUGGUUCCUGGGCCCUAGAAUGAUCUACACUUCCGGCGUAAUCAGUGAUAUCAACAAGGAAGAGACCUUGGAGCAGCUUCAGGACAACAAGUUGGCCAUUGUUUGCGAAAAGAUUGGUCUCCAGGAGGGUGAGACACUUCUGGACAUUGGCUGCGGAUGGGGCACCCUCGCUCGAUUCGCUAGCGUGAACUUUGGCGCUCAUGCCACUGGUGUCACUCUUGGACGAAACCAGACUGCCUGGGGCAACAAGGCCUUACGAAAUGCUGGCAUUCCCGAGGAGCAGAGCAACAUCCUGUGUAUGGACUACCGUGACAUCCCGGUUCCCGAGGGAGGUUACAAGAAGAUCACCUGUCUCGAGAUGGCUGAGCACGUUGGUGUCCGCAAGUUCCAGGGCUUCCUAAAGCAGGUCUACGACAUGACGGACGAUGAUGGUGUCUUCUUCCUGCAAAUUGCUGGUUUGCGCAAGCCGUGGCAGUAUGAGGAUCUGAUCUGGGGCUUGUUCAUGAACAAGUACGUGUUCCCUGGUGCUGAUGCUUCGACUCCCCUCGGGUUUUUCGUCGACAAGCUUGAGUCUGCUGGCUGGGAAAUCAAGGGCAUUGACACCAUUGGCGUCCACUACUCUGCUACGCUGUGGCGUUGGUACAGAAACUGGCUGGCCAACCGUGAAAAGGUGGAAGCCAAGUACGGAAGUCGCUGGUUCCGCAUCUGGGAAUACUUCCUUGCCUCCUCCACCAUUGCCUCGCGUCAAGGCAGUGCCACCUGCUACCAAAUUGUGCUGGUCAAGAACAUCAACUCGACUCACCGUGUUGAGGGGAUCGCAAGCCAAUUUGGACUGUCUGGAGCUCUGGCUGCGGCGAAGAAGAAGAUGGACUUCAGUGCUUGGGCCAAAAAGAACGCUGAUCAGUUCCCCACAAGCCGCACUGCUUAAGCAGGUCUCAAAAGUCGGUGUUGAGUGGUCGGGGCUGGGCUGUGCAGGCCCGUGUACCAGAGUCCAGGCAGUUGUCAAAAUGCACCACUGACCUCGUGUUUAUUUGGUAGCAAUCCGAGACCAUAUUUCUCAUAAUAUGCUUACCAGAAGAUAUAGGGGGCGGGAUAGUGGCGUGGGGCUGAUGAAUGGCAAGCAGCUGCGAUGCCAGGGGGCAGCGGAAAGUGUGGUUAAUAAUGAUAGCCUUAUGCUAGAUAAAUUAAAAAACCAACUUGCUUCUUGAAAUAAUGGGCUUAUAGCAAGUAUAUG